UUUGAUCGAUUUCCAGAAAUUUAAAUGGCUACAGCUACAGGCAGGGGGGCAAGUGCCAGGGUGCAAUGCAGGGCAUUCAGCAGGGGUGCAUGUCGAUGGGGUCAAAACUGCAAGUUUUCUCAUGAGCGGAAACCUACACAGAUCUGUAGACACUUCCAGAAUGGAUUCUGUGGCUAUGGAGAAAAGUGCAGUUUCCUGCACCUCACUGCUGAUGGUUCUUCUGAUGCCCCUGCCCACAACGCAGGUCGUAGGGUUUCUGAGCCUUGCCUCCUCCCCUACUCUCAUGACUCUCUACCUGGCCGCCGAGGAUCUGAGCCAUCAGUACCUAAUCGGCUGACUGCUGGAGCAAGUUCUGGAAGACACCUGUGUUCCUUGGGUAGACCUGAUUGGGUGCUGGCUCCAGAAUUUGUACCAAGAAAUGCAGCCUCGGGCCUUGUGAGGUCAGUGUCUAGCCCCACCCUUCAAGAGGAACAUUUAGAUGACAAAUGCAAGGAAGAGGCAAGAGCCCGAACAGUGGAAACGCUACAGUCUGAAACAGAUGCUUCAGAACUACAAUAUGAACGUAGCCGAAAUGUGGUUUGUGGGAUCUGCAUGGACAAGGUGUAUGACAAACAGGUGGCAGAAGAACGUAUAUUUGGGAUUCUGCCAAACUGCAACCAUGCAUACUGUGUUGACUGCAUCAAGCGCUGGCGAAAAACCAGAGACUUCAACAAUGAAGUUAUUAAAGGCUGUCCCCAGUGCCGUGUAAAGUCAAGUUACUUCAUUCCCCACAAAUACUGGGUUGGGGAAUCUGAUGAGAAGCUAAAACUUAUAGAAAACUUCAAGGCAAAGACCAGCAAAAUUAGGUGCCGUUUCUUUGUGCGUGGUAAUGGCCAUUGCCCCUUCAAAUCAGAAUGCAUCUAUCGUCAUGAGCUACCAUCUGGACAUCAAAGGAGGAGGAGACGUGAACACCGCAGGCUCAGUGCAACUGCUCUGUCCUACUCUAAUAUGGUGGAGAUAUUUGAGGAAGAGUGCUCUGAUGAGGAGUACGUAGAUCUUCUCCACUGUGCGCUCACACUUGCCCUCGUUGAAGAUAACCUUGAGCUGAACUUGGGUUUUCCUCACGUUGAAAUCCUGUGGGGUGAAUACAGUGAUUCUGACUAAAUGUCCACUAUUCAUGUGCCUGAGUUUUUAAUCUCUAAUCCAGUAAUACAAGCCCCUUACCCCACACAAGUGUUUUUUCUAACUUAUCUACUUAUAAACUUGUUUUUGUUUUUUUCUUUGUACUAACUUUGUCCCUGGGUUUGUCUGUAGCAGUGCUUUUACAGCAGGCAAAGGAGAAGAGACCCAUAAGGUAUUUAGUCAGAACAAUAGUUAUUGUAAAAAAUAAUU